AUGCGACAUAUCAUUCUUCGAGAUACAUCAAUCGACGAAGAAGAGGAAGAUCAACAAGAUGAACACCAUUUUGAUUCAUCUUUAAAUGUGGUUGCAACACUUUUCAGCAUUGAAUUAAAUAAAUUAAUAAAAGAUGAAAUUGAAAUAGCACAUGAAUAUGAAAAUAAAAUUGAAAUAAAAGAAAAAGAAUAUAUUGAACAAUUUCAUCAACUUGAUAUUUAUUGUCAAUCUUAUUUAAAUAAAAUGGAAAUGAAAAUAAAAGAAUUACAUGCUGAUAUUGAAUUAAAUCUUUUAAAUGAAGAAUAUAUUAAGAAAUUAAAUAUUAUUUUAAAUAAAAUCGAACAAUUAGAAAAUGAACAAAUCGAACAACUUAAACAAGAAUCAAAUUAUUUUGAAGAUGAUAUAAAACAAUUAGAAUUUGAACGACAACAAUUAAUUGAUCAAAUUGGACAAAUUGAUAAUGAUUUAAAUCUAGCUAUACAAACAAUUUAA